AUGGCUUCAUUACAGGCAAAGGUCGACGCCGUCAAGGCAGCCGUUUCGUCAACAACGAGCUGCACGCCCGCCGCCGUAGUAACGCUCAAAGAACUUUUGCUGCCAGAACCCGAAUCACAACCGCCGAAACCAAAGUCACGAUCCACAAAGGCCGGAACCGCGACGAAAACAAAAAGCAGCGCCGGGUCAGAUGGCGAGAAUCUGAGCUCACGGGAAAGGGCUGCUUUGGCAACACACAUCAUCAAUGUCACCCUCAAGACGCUGUCAGAGGCCGCGAAGCCUCUACCUUCCUCUACCCAGUCGAAACAAAACGGCGAUCUUCGAGAAGAUGCGGGCAGACAGUCAUCGCGAAGAUCCUCAUCCUCACCGCUAUCUCCUGCGCAGCCCAGAGCACUCAAUCGACUUGCUACGUCCGCCAACGUCGAAGCGAACCAGACGAAAUCACAAGCGCCCGCCCAAUCGACCGGAUGCCUUGCCACGGUAGAGUGUGCGCGCAUUGCCUUCUCUGCGCUUCGAGCUAUCAAGGGCCCAACAAAACCGGACGAAGCAGACUUUCAGCUGGAGACGGGCAUGUCAGCGCUGACAGGGAAGCUACUGGCUUUGGGGAUGCAUGACCAAGCUUUGAAAGAGUUGAGAGUGCUGAAGCGAAGGUUGGACAGCAUAAUCAAUGGGGCACAAUCAAGCAGCGCGAAGUCGGGAUCUGAAAUCACAACCACCACAUCAGCAAUUGCCGAUUUGUUGAAUUUCAAUGGCUCCAUCACGAAGAACAGCCUUGCCACCAUCACGGGCUACCAGAUGCAGGUUCUAAAGCUAAUUGCGGCGACAAAGAAGCCUUCUCACAUAGAAGUCAUCCUACCCUAUCUCGCCGAUUCGUAUACUUCGUCUCCGUUCAAUCUACUGUCUACUCUGGCUAAGGAGGGGGCAAAGGAGGCCGCAAAGGCAGCACGCCAAAUGGCAUCCCUAUCCCAAGUUCUCCUUUCGCUUGCGCCCAGCAUCUCCAGCCAGGAGGACGCAGUCGCUACCGAGCCACGACUUAGCCCAUCUCCCGAUGUUGCUUUCGAACUACAAUCUCUAGCUUUCCGCAUCCAACUCAAGUGGUGGAAACUGGCUGGUCACAAAGGAAAUAUCGAUAAUGAUGUAGUCUCUCCUUUCUCUCGCUGUUUACGAGCUUUUACCCGUCGCCAAAAACUAGACAAAGGCUCCGUCUACCAAACAGCCUCCGAAUCAUACGACACCAUAAUGCAGCUUAUUCAUGCCCAAAAAUAUCGUCCAGCAACAUCAUUCGACUCUCCUCUAGCAUCGAUACAUCAGAUUUUAGGAUCCGCAGCUCAGGCUGAACGCCGAUAUACCGAAGCGCACCGAUGGUUUCAGGAAUUGAAGAGCUCACUAACCCCGGGGCAGGAGUCCUCAGUUCUCAGAUGCUCCGUCUCAGCGCGCCUCCUUGCCGUAGCCUUAAAGAAGGCCGAUAUGGAUCAUACUAUUGAGCUUCUGCUCUGUGAGGUCAUCGACGGCCUAGAUGGCAGCCUCAGUGGAACAAUUGCAGAGUUGAAUGAACUUCUGGAGAGCUUGUCGCUUGCAAGGCGUUCCGUCGUUGGCCUCCUAAUGACAUGCUUAGGGCCGAAUGCAGGAGAAAGCACCGUUCCAAGCGACCUGGUAAACCAUCUUAAAACGUUCGUUCUCAAAUAUCCACGAUUUGUUCGCCGAUGGACAGGACUUCCACCAAACAAAGAUGCGUCGUCUAAGCAAGUUCUUCAGUUUGAUCAGCGACGACAGCUAGUUGCACAAUCCAUAGGACAGACCCUCGAUGCUACCUUGAUGGUCAUCAAAUGCGACAUCCAGUCAGAUGCGAGUGGGUGGCAAGCUAUCGAUGAUGUUCUUCAACAUUGUGUCUCACUACUCGACUGCAUGAAUGCGUCGACCUUAUCCACCGCCAAGAUAGACAACCUUGGCACCUAUGCCGUCAAGAUUUCAAGCCUUUACUUCUCCAUCUUUUCGCAACUUCGGAAGAAAUCUAGUCGAUCUAAAGAAGAGAAUAAGCAUUUCCUGCGGGCCUUGCAUCGAUCAAUUGACGUGGUUAAGGACUGUAACGAAGAAGAGAAGGAGAAGGCGCAGCUAUCGACAAAGAUUGAGAUGUUUGCUGAUUUGUGCAAAACUUCUGGCAGGACUGAGGAUGCCGUGCAAACAAUGCGAUACAUCUGUUCUAGUAUGGCUGAGAAUGGCGUUUUGGCCGAUGUUGCCGCUGCCCUCGAUACACAGUCUCCAAGCCUUGCAUGGAGCAUGAACGAUAGAGUAUCUCUCAUGUCACGCACUCUGCGGUCCAUGUCCAAGAUUGACAGUUCGUGGAACGAGUGGACUUUUCCUCUCCCAGAGGCCGAGCGUGCUGCGGUUUUGGAGCAUAUGAUGCGUGUUGGUCUUACUAGCUCUUCUGCUUCAUCACAGCCUCUUGGUCUUUAUGAUGCCGGAGUGGCUGCUUUACUCCGCAUAUACACACUAGAAAAGCAUCCGGUGCGUCGGCUCCGCGUGUUGUUGCAUCUUUGCUACCAGAAUCUUGGAGAGGAGGAGCAGCUUGCCAAAAUCCUUUCUCUGGCCGAGGAAACAUGGGAGUAUAUGCAAACCGAAGGCAACGGGGAGGAUGAUUCGUUAGCCCACUUCAUUCCCCAUAUGCAGGCUUAUUGCACCUCCAUCGGUGCUUUGAUACGCGUUGAUAGAUCAAUGUCGACGCUAAUCAACGAGGCAAUCGAUUCCUGGAAGUCCAUGAUUGGGACUUGUGAGACGCAAGACGAGCUAUUUACCAUAAUAGACGACCCUCAAGGCCUCCUCGAUCAUCUGCAUUCGUUGCACCAGCUUGCGGGCCUUAAAGGAGAGACACGUCUCCAGCUUGCCAUUUCGGAGCUCAACAUCACCUUGUCAAGAGUAUUCGUUGGAUCUACAGAAGCCAGUGGUGAUGGACUAGUCCUCAGCCAUAGCCAGCUGGCAGCGCAAUACGUAAACAUUGGACUUUUCCCUCAAGCUCUAAAGACCAUAGUACAGACUCAAGAGCUUCUCAGCCGCUAUGAUGGGCUAUCGCGCCAAGUUCUUGCCGAGUUUUACCUCUCCCAGGCAGAGUAUCACACCGGUAUUGGCGACAUGGACACUGCUAAGAUUUGCAAUAGUCCGUAUUCCUCUUGGGCUCGAAGCAAGUCUCACGCCUCGAUGGUCAUAUCUCUCACCUCAUUGUUGCAAUCCAUUGUUACUCUCCAAGCUGGAGAUAUUCAAGAGGCCCUUUCGCUUGUGAAAACGAGCGUCCGCAUGCUUACUCACAACUGGACCAAGCUGGAAGCAGCACUGGAGGCCGACCAAAAGAGCGUCGAUAUGAGCCUUUCAGACAUUAAUAACAGCAGUACAGAUUUAAUGUCGUCAAAGGGAAAGGUGGCUGGUCCUCGGUUCUGGACUCUGGCCAGUCCACUUAUUCGAAGCCUUUUACACAUCUCUUCAGUCUACGCCCAUAUCGGCAUGUUUCAGGAAACAGUCUAUUAUGCCGAGUCCGCUUGGAAGAUUGCAGAGAGCACUCAAUCCUCGCUCUACAAAGCACAAGUGGCUAUCUGGACUGGAUCUGUUUACCUCAAGGCCGGAAAGCUUCCCAAGGCACUCACCACUUUUCAGGAAGCAGAAGAGCAGCUACCCCGUGAUACCUGUUCAGCUCGUGUUCGCUUUGCUCGUCAACUCGGAGAAUUUUAUUGGGAAAUCGGAGAAGACGAGAAAGCUGCCGAGUUUUUGAAGAUGGCUGAGGAGACUGCCCGUCUCCUCAGCACAGCCGAGGAUGAAUACGACAGCGAUACCGCCGAGGAACCUGCCGCUGAAGCCAGGACUAUGAGAUCUACCAGAUCAACAAAGACAAAGGCACCAGCUGCCCCUAAACCCUCUAAGCGCGUCACAGCCAAGUCCAAAGCGGCAACUGCAGCAGAUAUCGUACAGCUACCAAAAGACAUAUAUUAUGCCAGCCUCCACGCCGCCAUCAUCUUGUCACGCACUUUGGGGCUCAUUUACCAGAAGGAUUGGUCGUCGGCUCUGCAAGCCCUAGAGCAGCUCAAGGAUUUGCCUAAACUUGUUGGCGUGCUAUCUCAGGAACAGGUCAUGAUGGCAGAAUCAUUAAUUGGUCACAGUAUGGAGCAGAUGAUUUCUGAUCCUGUCUUCUCGGUUAUGCAAGACUCGACCAUUUCAUUCCCUGCCGUGUCCACCAUGGGCCUACAUGCUGCUGGAGGGCUCCAAAAGAAUUCCAGCGAUUCCGAUUCCGAUUCUCCUGCCUUCGCUGAUGCGUUGAAAAAAGCACAAGAGCUUUUAAUUGAAGCUCACGCCUCUGCGCUGUCAAGCUCUGACAGCAGCAUGGUUCGUCGUAUCUCUGCUCUGCUUCAGAGCACCGUCAUCUUUUUAUCGGCGACAUUGGCCUCGAAAUCACUUUCAGAAUCGGGGCUAGGCACAGUUGCUGUUGACAUUGCUCGAAAUGUGACUUGGCAACGAGAGCAGCAGACACUGGCCGGGUUAAAUAACGAUACGAUCCCUGUCCGUGUUGCAACUCCUGUCCACAAGCCACCGACGAUGGAAGCAAUGGCCGACAUGACCAACUUCCAGGAGAACUAUGUUGACUUGAUCCCGAAGAAAUGGAGCGUUAUUUCGAUUUCUUUGAGCGAUAAUCGCCAUGAUCUUUGUAUCACCAAAUUCCAGGCGGGCCAGGGCCCGUUCAUCUUGCGCUUGCCUUUGGAGAGGGCCAACUCUCGAGAUGCUGAUUCCGAGGUCUUCAAUUUUGAACAUGGCCGCGAGGAGCUGUUGGAGCUCAUCAAGCUGGCCAACGAAAGCAGUCACUCCGCACGAGACUUUACUGCCAAAGGAGAGCGUGGUGCCUGGUGGGCCGAGCGACAGGCCCUGGAUUCUCGACUGAAGAAACUCUUGGUCACCAUCGAGACCACAUGGCUGGGAGGAUUCAAGGGCAUGUUUUCCCAACAUCGUAAGAAUGCGGAGCUGUUGGCUCGCUUUCAGAGGGAUUUCCACCAAAUGCUUGACAGGAUGCUGCCGUCUCGAAACAAGGCCCGCGGCAAGAAGACGGCAGUCAAAACUGAGACUGUCACUCUGGAUCCCAGGAUACUCGACCUAUUCAUCGGGUUGGGCGAUCCGACUGAGCCUGACGUCGACUUUGAUGAGGCGUUGAAUGAUUUACUUUACUUUGUUGUGGAUAUUCUGCAAUUCCAUGGCGAGCGGAACGCUUAUGAUGAAAUUGACUUUGACGGGAUGGUUCUGGAGACGUACGAUGCUCUGCGUGGAUAUCACAACGCCGCCAAUUCUACUGAAAGGGAGGAGGGUGCGCAUACUGUGCUCGUUCUCGACAAACUCCUCCAUGCUUUCCCCUGGGAGUCGAUGCCCUGCAUGGAUGGCCUUUCCGUAUCACGCGUACCGUCUUUAGCAUGCCUUCGUCAGCUUAUUCGAGAGGCUGGCAGGAAUCCAGCAAGAAAGUCGCAUGGCCACUUUGUCUCAGCAAAGGCCGGCAUGUACAUCCUCAACCCUUCAUCCGACUUGACCAAUACGCAAACCUUCUUCCAGCCAGCUUUUUCGGGCCUUUCAUCGUGGAGCGGCAUCAUCAACAAGGCACCAAAGGAGUCGGAAUUCGAAAGGGCUCUCGCCACGUCUGAGAUUAUGGUGUACUUUGGCCACGGCAGCGGUGCUCAGUACAUCCGCGGCAAGACGAUCCGCCGCUUGGAAAAGUGCAGGCCGACGACGUUUCUCAUGGGCUGUAGCUCUGCGGCCCUGACUGAUGCGGGCGAGUUUGAGAGCUAUGGCCCUGUUUGGAACUAUAUGAUGGCUGGGUGUCCGGCGGUCGUGGGCACGCUUUGGGAUGUGACUGAUCGCGACAUUGACCGCUUUGCCGGCAAGACUUUUGAAGAAUGGGGGCUCUUUGCGAGGGGCACGUUUGAUGGGGCGACGAACAAGGGCAAAGGCAAGGCUAGGAGCUUUGCAGAGGAGAUUGAGGAAGCGGUGGCGACGGCGAGAAAUGCGUGUCGCUUCAAGUAUCUCAAUGGUGCGGCAGUUGUUUUGUAUGGAAUUCCGGUCUAUAUUAAGAAGGAUUAA